AUGCCCGAUCUCCCCUUCGCCCCAUUCCUCCGCGAGCUCGCCCAGCCCGUCGGCAACCUCCUCCACCUCCCCCACUUCCCCCAGCACUUCCCCGCCCUCGUCUACGCUAUGCUCGCCUUCACCGCCCUCCACCUCGUCAUCUCUCCCUUCCUCAGCGCCCGCAUCUUCCCCGUCAGCUACGGAAAGCUCCGCACAAAACGCCAGAUCAACCAGUGGAACAUUCAAGUUGUCUCCCUCCUUCAUGUCUUUAUCGUGCUCCCGCUCGCCGUCAGCUGCUUCUCCUCCGAGACCCUCAAGGCCGAUAAGCUGUGGGGCUGGGACGACCGUGUCGGCACCACCGUCGCUGUCGCAUGCGGCUACUUCCUCUGGGACGCCCUCGACGCGAUCCUCAACUUCGACGACCUCGGUUUUCUCGUCCACGGUGUGUCAUGCUUUACGCUCUACAUGAUGACCUUCCGCCCCUUCCUCGGGUACUUCGCGCCUCGCUUCCUCUCCUGGGAACUGAGCACGAUCUUCCUCAACGUCCACCGCUUCCUCGACAAGACCGGCCACACCGGCUCCACCGCGCAGUGGCUCAACGGCGUCGUCCUCCUCUCUACCUUCUUCUCCGUCCGGAUCGUCUACGGCUGGUACCUCACCGCGGGCUUCCUGCACGCGCUCUUCGCCGCGCGCGCCGAGCUCUCCCCCGUCUACCUCGUCCUCUUCACCGCCGGCAACCUCACGCUCAACACCCUCAACGCCGUCUGGUUCUACAAGAUGGUCUUCGCGGUCCGCAAGCGGUUCGACAAGGAGGCGAAGCCGCUCCGCGACUCGGACGCGCCGAACGGCACCGCUGCCCCCACCCCCGCCGCGAGCAACGGCUCCGUGCACUGA